AUGAGUGUGGGCCGCAUCAACCGCUACAGCAUUGUGUCAUCUGAGGAAGAGGGCCUGCGCCUCAGUACCAUGCAUGGUAUGAAUGGCUUUGGAAAUGGCAAGAUCCACACACGCCGAAAAUGCCGUAAUCGUUUUGUCAAGAAAAAUGGCCAGUGCAAUGUGCAGUUCUCCAACAUGGAUGACAAAUCCCAGCGCUACAUGGCAGACAUCUUCACAACAUGUGUGGACAUUCGCUGGCGUUGGAUGCUGGUAAUAUUUACUCUGGUGUUUGUGGUCUCAUGGUUGGCCUUUGGUGUAGCAUUCUGGGUUAUUGCUUUAUUACAUGGAGAUUUGGAUAAUCCUGCAGGAGAUGACAACUUCACUCCGUGUGUACUACAGGUCAAUGGAUUUGUGGCUGCAUUUUUAUUUUCAAUUGAAACACAAUCUACAAUUGGCUAUGGCUACCGUUGUGUGACAGAGGAAUGCCCGGUGGCUGUCUUUAUGGUCGUAUUUCAGUCAAUCGUUGGCUGCAUCAUUGACUGUUUUAUGAUUGGCGCCAUCAUGGCCAAGAUGGCCAGACCUAAAAAGCGCGCAGAAACUCUUUUGUUCAGCCACAAUGCAGUCAUUGCCAUGCGGGAUGGAAAACUGUGCCUCAUGUGGAGAGUAGGGAACCUUCGCAAAAGUCACAUUGUGGAGGCACACGUGCGAGCGCAGCUGAUCAAGCCUCGGGUCACAGAGGAGGGAGAGUACAUCCCGCUGGACCAAAUAGACAUUAAUGUAGGAUUUGACAAAGGUCUGGACCGGAUCUUUUUGGUUUCUCCCAUAACUAUUCUCCAUGAGAUUGAUGAAGAAAGUCCGCUGUUUGGGAUCAGCCAACAGGACCUGGAGUCAGCAGACUUUGAGAUUGUAGUUAUCUUGGAGGGUAUGGUGGAAGCCACCGCCAUGACCACUCAGGCACGCAGUUCAUAUUUGGCCUCUGAGGUCCUGUGGGGUCACAGGUUUGAGCCUGUUCUGUUUGAAGAGAAGAAUGUGUAUAAGGUGGAUUACUCCCACUUUCAUAAAACCUAUGAGGUGCCGUCCACCCCUCGCUGCAGUGCCAAGGAUAUGGUAGAGAACAAAUAUCUGGUCCCUAACUCAAACUCUUUCUGUUAUGAAAAUGAGCUGGCCUUCCUCAACCGUGAAGAAGAGGAGGAGGAGGUGGGAGGCGGAAGCAGGCCACUAGCAAACCUCAGUCCAGACCGAAACAGCCGACAUGAAUUUGAACGAUUACAGGCCACCAGGCCACUAGACCAGCGGUCAUAUCGCAGAGAGUCAGAAAUAUGA